AUGCGCACGGCAAUUGUGGAGGUGCUACCGAAGGUGACACAUAGGCUGUGUAGUUGGCACUUGGAGAAGAAUUGCUUCCAAAGGGUUAAAGAUACGGAAUUCCGAAAGGUUUUUAAGAAAUCUCUAUAUGCAAACUUCGAAAUCAGCGAGUUUGAGGAGUACUGGAAGACGUCGGUUGUGUUUCUUGGACUACAUGAUAACAGCUGGGUGCAGAGCGCGUAUAAAAUGAGAGAAAGCUGGGCAAUGGCCUACCUGAGAGGCACCUUCUGUGCGGGAUACAAGAUAACUUUGAGAUGUGAAGGGAUCAACACUUUCAUUAAGGGUUUUCUUCAAGCGACUGAUAGCAUUUUGGAACUGGUACAUAGUCUAGACCAGGCUGUUAAGGACUACUGGAAUAAUGAAGUUACGGUCCAAUUCUAUUCCACGUAUUAUAGUCCGGUGCUAACCACUGGCCUAGAAGCGAUGGAGCUAUUUGCAUCAAAGGUGUAUACACGGGCAUUAUUUAAAUAA